UUCGCGUGCAGCGCGGGCUAUAAAUAGCGGCGGCCAGGGACACCGCAGGACUCGCUCCGCCGGCAGCCGCCUCGCCUGACCCCGGGGCUGCAGCCCGUGCGCCGCGGCAGGGUCGCGUCCAGCCCGGUGCCCCCGGCAGGGCGAGCGGGGCGCUGCGGGGUGCUCGGCGCUGCGGGGCGGGGUGCUCCGGGAAGAUGCCCGCUGACAUGAUGGAGAAAAACUCCUCCCCGGUCGCGGCGACCCCGGCCAGCGUCAGCGCGACGCCGGACAAACCGAAGACCGCGGCCGAGCACCGCAAGGUAAAGGCGGCCGCGCCGCGCUGCGGGCUGGGCCGGGGGUCGCUGCGGGACUGGGGGGGGGGGUCCAGCCGUGGCGCUCACUGCUCCCUUCCCUUGCAGUCCUCCAAGCCCAUCAUGGAGAAGAGGCGGCGGGCGCGGAUCAACGAGAGCCUGAGCCAGCUGAAAACGCUCAUCCUGGACGCGCUGAAGAAAGACAGCUCGCGGCACUCCAAGCUGGAGAAGGCCGAUAUCCUGGAGAUGACCGUGAAGCAUCUCCGGAACCUGCAGCGCGCCCAGAUGACGGCUGCCCUCAGCACGGACCCCACGGUGCUGGGCAAGUACCGGGCCGGCUUCAGCGAGUGCAUGAACGAGGUGACCCGCUUCCUCUCCACCUGCGAGGGUGUGAACAGCGAGGUGCGCACCCGGCUCCUCGGGCACCUGGCCAGCUGCAUGACCCAGAUCAACGCCAUGAACUACCCAGCGCAGCCACCGCCACUGCCCCCACCCGGGGCUCCACACGCCUCCUUCGGGCAGCCGCUGGCGCAGAUCCCCGCGGGGGCAGCACCCCCAGGUGGCAGUGCGGUGCCGCUCAGCGGGAUGCCUUGCAAGUUGGGGAGCCCGGCAGGGGAGGCCACCAAGGUGUACGGUGGCUUCCAGCUGGUGCCUGCCUCGGAUGGCCAGUUCGCCUUUCUCAUCCCCAACACCUUCGCACCUGGCGGGGCUGUGGUGCCAUUGUAUCCCAGCAGCGGCCCAGGCUCUGGGGGCCCCGCCGGCGGGCCGGGCUCUGGGGGCCCUGCUGGCGGGCCUUCGCUCACAGCGGACUCUGUGUGGCGGCCUUGGUGAGCAAGCACCAGUAGCAGGACUCUGGACUGUCCCAGCCAGAGGACAGGCUGACGGGCCCACGUGCGGCGGGCUGUGCGCGGGGCCCCAUGCCCUGGCUGUAUCAUUACCUGUUCAUAUUGGAUUGUGCCUCUGUACUAUAGCCCCUCUGCUGGGUGGACCACUCGUGUUUUCCAUGAGAGCUCCCUUGCGUGCAUCCCCCUUUUUCAAUGUGACACCAAAGAUCCUGUCUGAAUGCUCUUACAAUACAAUAAAUGCCUCGCUUCCUUGGGGAAGUUAUUUGACAAUAAUAAA